CCCAUUUUAACUUGUAUAUAUCAUUCCAAAGCCAGUUGCGGCUCUCAAAUCCAAGUCUCUUGGCGGCCCAAAAGAGAGCCCAAUGGACUCGUCUUCCUCCUCAUCCGCUGCCGAAUCUAGCACCACCGCCGGAGCCACCACUUCGCCGCUUCUCCUCGGCGCUCUUAUAAGUAUAGACAGCAAAGUCUCGUUCCAUCUCCACACUCUCUGCCGCCCAUUCCUUCCUCAUUUCAUCCUCCUCCUCCUCGAGCUCUCAGCCGAUUUUCGACUCUUCUUCCCUAUCUCCCUUUCCCUCCUCCCGGCUCGCCAGCUCCGACCAUUUCUCAUCCCCUUCCUCCUCGGCCUCGUCCUUGACCUCGCCCUCGUCGGCCUCAUCAAGGUCAUCGUCCGCCGCUCCCGCCCUCACUACAACCCCACCAUGAACGUCGCUAUUUCGGUCGAUCACUUCUCUUUUCCCAGCGGCCAUUCUUCUAGGGUUUUCUUUGUUGCAUCCCUUGUUCACCUCUCCGCCUCCGUCUUCGUCGAUGCUCUCACCGCCGAGGGCAAGGUCGUAAAUUUGCUCAUUGCGUUUGUUUGGGUCUGGGCAGCGGCCACUUCUGCGUCUAGGGUCUUGCUCGGACGGCAUUUCGUUGUUGAUGUAUUUGCAGGGGCUCUUUUGGGUAUCCUUGAAGGUAUCUUCGCUUUCAAUUUUCUGAAGAUUGAGAAAUUCGUAUGAGUAAUUUUGCUCGUCUGUUUUUGGAGCAUAAGGAUUCAACUCCAGUCAUUGAAGGCUAUAGUUACAAUUCAUCUCGUGUGGUUGAACUUUAUCAUUAAUUACUAGCCUAGCUUGGUAAAAUAUUUCCGAUCCAAAAGAAUUCAGCUCUCAUUUCUUUUUGUAAGGGCUUUUGGAACGUCGUAUUAGGUUGUAUUAUAUUAUAUUGUAUUGUAUUAUAUUGAAUUAGAUUAUA